GAACCCAAAGUUUGCCGUGGCUAAUCUUGUCGCAGUAAGCGACUGUUCAAUUAAUGGUACGAUAAAUUAAAGUGAGCCAGAUGAUUAUGAUAGUUUUGAUAUAUAUUGGAGUGAAUACAUUUGGGAAGGAACAACGUUUGGCUGGAUCUCUUUGAGCACAAAAUAUUUUAAGAACCUGCCAGCAUGACAACAAGUGAAAACGAAGCAGGAGGCUCAUCAUCAUACAAAGGUCUAUUUUGAAUGGAUUUUAAUUUAAUUUGUUAUUUUGGGAUUUUUAAUCAAAUGAAUUGUGUUUGUUUUUGGCUGCACUGGAUUGUAAUUUGCAAGGUUUCAUUGAUUUUGCACAGAAACUUCAUUAAAACGAAUUACUUGUUGAAAGUUUCUGGAGUAAAACAUUUCAUGCCAUGUUGUGCUUCUAUGCAGGUGACAAUGUUUACACUUGAGCACAAAAUUAAUCCUUGGCAGAUUGAAAAUUGAAAAAUAAUCUUAGUUUUACUGACAUGUUUCUUCAGACGGAAAUAAUACGAACCUUUACUAGAGUCCUGAAAGUAACCCGAUAGAGAAUAUGCGGAGGAAGUUAAAGAUUAGGGUGAUGGAAAUGAGCCCUUCCGAUUUUUAUUUAUUUAUUUUUCGUUCAUAACAUGCUCUCCAGUCAUAAUAAUAGUCUUUUUAGAAAUGCUUUCAAAAUUUCUAAUUGCAAACAAAACAGAGAAACAGACGUGUGAAUAAUUCUGGGCUUAAAUGUCCAUUGCUUUAACUGCGAAUGCUGUAAAACUGCUGAGCAGGAGAACCAUCCUGUCUCUUUAAAAAGGGGUAGAGCUAGAGGAGCUCGGCUGUCAAAGGAGGAAGUAAUGCUUUCGUUUGCGGGAGGAGCAGCUGAUUUGGAGGACUGAACGGAGGAAACAUUCACCCAGUCAAAGCUUCAGCACUGCAGCCCAGAAAGAAGCGGCGGCAGCGGAGGAGGAUGUGAUGGCGACAGGUGAGCUGAACCCCAACCACUACCCCGCCCAGAGGGCCGCCAAGUUGGUCCAGCACUACCUCAACGCGCGCUACGGCUCCCCUUACAAACUGUUUGGACUGAAGGAGGUCCACAGCGGGAACGCGGAGGAAGUGGCAGACUCCGGGAGAAAGUAUCAGCUGGAGAUAUCGGUGCACGAGAUCAUCAGCAACACUAAAGAGAAAUGCUCCGCCGAGGUUUUCUUUCCGAGUGGAGCAAAGCAGCUCUCACCUCAAGUCCAGGUCUCCGCAUGUGAGGAGAUCUUGAAGCUUGAUGCCAAAUCUGAAGAACAGGCCUUGUACCAGCAGUACAAGACCAACAAAACCGUUCGCACUGAAGAGCGCCUACCGGACAGCUACGGUCACAUCGACCCAGAGAUGACUCCUUUCUGGCACCUGAGCAUCGUGGCCUCUAGCUUCAUUAUGCUGAAGGAAUCAACAGAAAACACUCUGUACAACGUGGCUCAGGUGGCCAACAUCACUCAGCUGGCAACAGAGAAUGACCAGCUGAAGUUUGACUGUCACGUCCUGCUGCAUGAAAUGGUGUCUCAGGAAAUUCCUCAGUGGAAGCUGCUGUUCACCUGGUCUCCAGCAGAGGGCGUGAAGGUGCUGCACACGGAGCAGCUGCCCCACGUUCACGAAUUUGAAAAACGAGCAAAACCAAACUGAUCUGCUGCUGUUUUCUAAACUGAGGUUACAAAACUUUGUAAUCAGUUAUUUCUUUGUAGACGUGCUGCAAUAUCUGAAGCAAGAUUAGCUGUUUCUCUUUCCCCCCCCCCCCUUUGCAUCUUAAGCCGUUUAAAACACACAAGAAGCUGGAGUUUAUACUCAAUAAAGUGUUUAACGGUU